AUGCAUGGUUCUGUGACUGUUGAGUUAUGUGCUUAUUGGAAAGGUACUUUUUCUAGCGGAAACGAUUACGAUUACGCUUUAUUUUCGGGUUGGAGCAUUGAACAGGCCAAAGCUUUAGUACCUCCUGUUGUUGAUACAAUUUCUAAGGCCACAAGCAUUAAUAGAAGGACGACAGUGGAGUUGGUGGUGCCUGGAAAAUUGCCGACUGGGUGCUCAAUUCACAAUGAUUUCUCUAAGUACCACAAAAAGGAGCUCAAACGUGCCUUGGGGACACUCAUACAAAAAUACCCAUCUGCAAGGAUUCUAUAUGCUGAUUACUAUGGUGCAUCCAAGCCCUUUUAUCAUGCUCCUCAGCAUUACGGUCAAAUUCCAUCUUCUAUUCCGAGAAAUUCUUCAGGUUACAAUUGUUCAGCACUGCGUGGAAGGCCAUGUUCAACAACCUGCAAGGAUCCCAACUUGUAUGCACAUUGGGAUGGGAUUCACCAUACAGAAGCAGCCUAUCGCUACAUUGCCAUGGGUUCCAUCCUUGACCAUUUUACUAAGUCUUACGUAUAACUUUAUGAUUAUAGACUCUGGACAAACGUACUUGAAGC